CUGAACUCGUCAGUAUAGUGAGACACUUCUUUCCGAUCAGUCAACUAAGUACGGCUACAAUGCGCAACAUAUUCACACAUUUAACAGUCGUGCUCACGAUAGCAAACAUAGCUUUGGGACAACAUUUUUUAGAACAACCUCCUAUAAAUUACACCGAAGGAAAGAACUUUGAUGACUGUGAGCUACGUUUCGUUACGAGCUACGAUCAACAUGAGAGCGAGAGAAAAUUACAGAGCUGGGUAACGAAUAUAGAGGUUAUGGAUCUCACUGUAGCGUACGGUGGGGUUCGAGCCUAUAAGGGAGAGUUUCAACACAUGGCCGCGAUCGGUUGGACCAGAUCAGGAGCAAUUAUCUUUGUGGGGGCAGUUUAAUAACUUGGAGAUUCGUUUUAACAGCCGCACAUUGUUCACAAG